GUUUGUUGUCCCCAAUAUAAAUUGUCUUCUGCUCACUGCUUACUUUGGUAUCUAUGCUACUUGUUCACCCUUUCACUCUUUCGCAAAUGGCACCCAUUGAUGAGCUUGAUUAUGCUAACCCCAUUUCAGUUUUUCAGAUUUUGUUUCUGUUUUUUCUCAAUUUCCUACUUGAAUACUUGUUUCCAGGUCCCUUGUACGUUUUCAUACUCUGUGCCGCCUUCCAUUUUUAUCUGUGGAAUUCAUGGGUUGCCCACCGCAACAUCAUCAAACGCUUUGAGGCUGCUGAUGAUGCGACAUGCACACCAAGUGCUCGACGGAAUGCUCAUAUGGGGCAUUGCUACACAGGAAUUGUGGGCAUGCCUGUUAAUGACGCACAUGAAGUGAAGCUAACCAUUGAAGAUGUGAAAACUAUGAUGGAUGCACUUCAUAACAACAUGGAAACUAAUAACCUUGAGUUGAAGGCUGAGAUUGAGGGGGUAUUUGAGGAAGAAUUGAGUGUAGGGGAAGUUGAGGAAGCUUUUGAUUUGUUUGAUGAGAAUGGUGAUGGGUUUAUUGAUGCAGAGGACUUGAAGAAAGUGCUGGAUGCCAUGGGAUUUACAGUGGCUUCAGAAGUUGAUGAAUGCAGGAGAAUGAUAAGUGGAUAUGACAAGAAUGGAGAUGGGCGUUUAGAUUUUGAAGAAUUUGCUAAGCUUGUUGAACAGAGUUUUUGUUGAUAACGGGUGUGUGUGUAAAUUUGACUUCGAAAAUAAGUGUCUUACAUUAGGAUUUAACUAAGAGGCAGGAUUGUAUGAACGAUCAUUUGUUACAAGAGCAUCCUCAAACCUCCACGUGAUGUGCUUGAAUCUUUAAGUUCUUUUUUUCUUUGUUUCUGUGUUUGCAAAGCGUAAGUUGUUCACAAUGUUUGGGUGUUUAAAAUAUUUCUAGAGCAAA